CUGCUUCUUCCCUGCCUCUGUGGCUCCCUCCUCCUUGCCUUGCCAUCUGGGCUGCUGCUGCUGCUGGGGACUCCCUGCCUUUACGCACGAGCCAGAAAGAGCUGCUGUGCCCCUUUGGCUGCAAUGGUGCUUCUCCCCUUUAGACACCUGGCCAAGCCCCUGAGGAUAUGCUGCCAGGCUACAGGGAGCCUGCGGGCCCAACACAGCAAAGCAGCUGCAGUGCCUGCCAAAGAGAUGCCAGGCUGGACUGGGCAGGAGAGCUUGUCAGAGAGUGACCCAGAGAUGUGGGAGCUGGUGCAGCAAGAGAAGGAUCGGCAGUGCCGGGGACUGGAGCUCAUCGCCUCGGAGAAUUUUUGCAGUCGAGCUGCCCUGGAAGCCCUGGGCUCCUGCCUCAACAACAAAUACUCAGAGGGCUACCCUGGCAAGAGAUAUUACGGUGGCUCGGAGGUGGUGGACCGCAUUGAACUGCUGUGUGAACGCCGUGCUCUUGAGGCCUUUGACCUGGACCCUGAACGCUGGGGGGUGAACGUCCAGCCCUACUCGGGCUCCCCUGCCAACUUUGCUGCCUACACGGCAUUGCUGCAGCCUCACGAACGACUCAUGGGUCUAGACCUCCCUGAUGGGGGCCACCUGACACAUGGGUACAUGUCUGAUGUCAAACGCAUCUCAGCCACUUCUAUCUUCUUUGAAUCCAUGCCCUAUAAACUAAAUCCAACAACAGGACUAAUAGAUUAUGAUCAGCUAGAAAUCACUGCCCGACUCUUCCGCCCACGUCUCAUAAUUGCUGGCACCAGUGCCUAUGCCCGCCUCAUUGACUAUGCCCGCAUCAAAAAGGUGUGUGAAGAAGUGAAGGCGUACAUGUUGGCUGACAUGGCCCACAUCAGUGGCCUGGUGGCAGCGAAAGUCAUUCCAUCUCCCUUUGACUAUGCUGAUCUGGUCACCAGCACGACUCACAAGACGUUACGUGGAGCAAGGUCUGGGCUGAUCUUCUACCGCAAAGGCGUCCGUUCUGUGGACAAGAAGACUGGCAAAGAGAUUCCUUACAACUUGGAGGAAAAAAUCAACUUUGCUGUCUUCCCCUCUUUGCAAGGGGGCCCACAUAACCAUGCCAUUGCUGCUGUGGCUGUGGCACUGAAACAGGCCAGCUCACCCAUGUUCCAGGAGUAUUGCCAACAAGUAUUGAAGAAUGCCAAAGCCAUGGCAGAGGCAUUGCUGCAGAGAGGAUACACCUUGGUUUCUGGUGGUACUGAUAACCACCUGGUGCUUGUGGACCUGCGGCCAAAAGGCAUUGAUGGAGCCCGGGCUGAGCGGGUGCUGGAACUGGUGUCCAUCACAGCCAACAAGAACACCUGUCCUGGGGACAAGAGUGCUUUGGCACCUGGUGGCUUGCGCCUUGGAGCACCUGCACUUACAUCCCGGCAGUUCCGGGAAGCUGAUUUUCAGAAAGUUGUGGAGUUCAUUGAUGAAGGCAUCAAGAUUGGACUGGAUGUCAAAAAGAAAACCUCCAAGCUCCAAGAUUUCAAAUCCUUCUUGCUGGCUGACCCAGAGACAAAGCAGAAACUGUCUGACCUCCGGCAACGUGUGGAGACCUUUGCCCGUGCCUUCCCCAUGCCUGGCUUUGAUGAACGUUGAGAGCCCUGCCCUAUCAGAGACUGGCUCAUCAUUACAUUCAGAUGGAUGGAGCUUGCAAGAGGCUGGGUGCCAGGAGACCCUGCAGCCCUAUCUCUUAGGGCUAGCCAAGUGGGAACCCUCCCACCCCCAAAGGCACUCUCCUUGGCUACUUUCCUCUUCCCCCAUGACCAUUUUAUAGUGACUCAAACAAUUGACCUCCUUUUGUUUAUAGUGGGACUAGUCUCUGACUCACGAUACACAUGUAAUAUUUGGCUGGAUCAUUAUGCAAAAUGGAUUGUAAAAAUUAAACAACUUCACCUCUU